AUGAGGGUUGUGUGGUGUUUGGUGGCCCUGGCGCAGCUGGUGGCGGUGGCCCACGGACAAGACGACCGCCUGCCGGGGGAGAGCCGACCCAGUUCCCAGAGGGUCGACGUCACGGUCUACCAGGACAACGAGAGGGAGCGCAGCUUCACCUUCGAGGGCCAGACGAGCGUGACGGCACAGGUGGUGCGUGACACGGCGCAGCUGGUGCUGCACGCCGCAGUCAGCGUCUCCUCCCUCACGGUUCGGUACCAAGGCGGCGAUGUCAUCGCCUCCAGCUACGACCAGCCUCAAGACGGCUGGGACUUCUUGGUGUUGUCGCUACAAGAGCAGGAGGCAGAGGGCAGCCUUUUGGUGCUGGACAUCAUCUUCAGUGCCAACAUCGGCAACAGGGAGCCCGGCUUCUCUCGCUAUGACUAUCAAGGGCGGAACGAGCAAGCGGCCGUAUAUGCGACGCAGUUCAUGCCGAACUACGCGCGGCGAGCAAUGCCGUGCUACGACGAACCAGCAUUGAAGGCGCGCUAUCAACUCAACAUGCGACUGCGGCCCAAGACUUACCAGGGUUACGAGUCCAACACUCGGGCCAGCUACGAUGAUGAAUUGGACGCUCAGGGUUUCCGUGGCUACUACUUGGAACAGACGCCCCCGAUCAGCCCCUACCAGCUAUCCUGGGUGCUGCACGACAUGUACACAUCGGAGGUGACCAAGAAGCGAGUGCUGGGCGUCAUCCAACGCAAGGCGGCCCACCAAUGGUUCGGUGGCCUGGUCAGCCCCAGCUGGUGGAACGACCUCUGGCUCACCGAGGGCUUCGUCUCCUACUUCCAGUGGAUCGCCGCGGCUCUGGUGCAGCCCUCGUGGCAGCUGCGAGAGGCGUUCGUGGUGAACGCUGUGCUGCAGGCCGCCAUGCCGGCAGACGGCGCCCCCGGUAGCUACCCCCUCUCCAAGAGCCCCAACAUCUCUGCUCAGCGAGUACUUCUACGAAAAAGAUCAUAUGUCUUACUUGUACAGUAUUACAAUCAAGGAGACAGCCUGCUGGUUAUGACCAGUGGACCAGGUGCAUCGAUUGUCUGGAUGAUAGAGAAUAUAAUGGGAUCAGAACCAUUGUACAGAGCCCUCAACAAGUACCUCACACAGAAUAUAUACAUGGACGUAUGGGAGGAUCUGUUCUUGUCAGCCCUGGACUCAGAGUCACCUGCAUCUUCCCUGCCAGAAGGUGGCUCCCUGUCCUCUGUGGUGCAGCCGUGGCUACAGCAGAGCGGCUUCCCACUCAUCUCUGUCUCCAGAAACUACUCCGACGGGUCAGCUGUCAUAUCACAGGCACCGUACCUGUCACAAGUGGACGCCGUGUGGCCAGUGCCCAUCAGAUACACAUCCCGCUCUGAGGCGAACUACUCGGCGACUGCUCCACGGCUCUGGCUGCUGGAUUCUGAGCUGCUAGUGCCCGCUGUGGCAAAGCCAGAUGACUGGCUACUUCUCAACAUGAAUGUGACUGCAGGUGACUGCCCUUGCGUGUUGGAGUCCACUGUGUGCAGGCUACUACCGGGUGAACUACGGCGAGCAGAACUGGGCGCUGCUGACAGCGCAGCUGCUGCAGAACCCUUUCUGGUGCCGGCGGUGGUGCGCGCACAGCUGCUGGACGACGCAGCCAGUCUGGCAGGGGCGGGCCAGGUGCUGCCCGCUCCCACGGCCCUGCAGCUCGCCUCCUACCCGCGGCUCGAGUACGGCUACAUCCCGUGGAGGGCCGUCCCUGGCGUCUUGCGGAACCUCGAACUUCUUGUCGAUGAAGGCGCGGCGGAGGACUUCAGGCACAUGGCGAUCCUGCUGCGCUACCAAGAGCAACCCGGAGAAGACCACACGACCCGCAUUCUACGGGCCAUCAUUGUCAGCAUCGCCUGCAACUAUGGUGAACCGUCGUGUCUCAGUUCCAUGUAUGAGCAGUUGCAACACUUCAUUGCUGCCCCUGGCAACUCCAGUAACCAGGUGGGACCAGACUUGAAACGUGUCGUCUACUGCUACGGUGCACAGCGAGGUGGGGAAAACGCGUACAAUUUCCUCAUGGAUCUGUACCAAACAACCGAAAUCGUCUCUGAGCUAAACGACAUCGUGCUGGGGGUCACCUGCUUACAGGUAGUGGAUGGGCUACGGACUUUACUUGAAGUGUCACAGACUGUAAGCCUCCUGCUGGAGCUGACCGCCACUGGAGCCAAAGGCGGCUUCCGGAGAGAGCACCUCCAGUGGCUGCUGGAGGGACUGCUGCAGCGCCGACAUACCCUUCCAUCCGCUCUCCAGUUCCUCAGCCGCGGCGUAAACCUUCUCUCCAGGCCAGAUGAGAAGCAGGCAGCCAGGAAGUUGCUGAGGCUGGCCACACUGGAGAUGCGCGACGAGCAGAUGCUGGACAAGGUGCUGCAGGCAGCCGUCGCUCUGGAGGACGAGUCGCUGGUCGCAUUCGCAAAGUGGCGCCGUGACGUCAUCGCCAAUAGAGCAGCCGCAUGCCGCGCUGCAGCUCGCUGGCUCACACGAAAAUCAUGGCACCUCUGA